ACCCAAAGAAUCAUGAGAAGAAGGGUAGUUUGAGGUUUGUCAGGAGGAUGUUUGGGAGGACAGACCUAAUCAAAAUCAAAGAUGUAGAAAAGAAGUUGGCAGCUAUUAAGAGUGAGAAGUUCUUGGAUAGGAAGAAGUUGAUUAUUUUGUUGUUUUUAUGUGCGGUUGUGAAGGCUGAUUCUAAGGGUGAUGGGAACAUAGAGAAAUUCCUGUUAAGGAUUGUUGAUGACGUUCAUGCUUGUGAGACAUUCCCGUGGGGAAGGUAUUCUUUUGAGCAAUGUAUGACAGGGAUCCGGAGAAUGAUGAAAAACAUGAAAGGUUCGGUGAAACCAAAAGCACAGAGCAGCUUUUUUGGUUUCAUCACUCCUCUUGAGAUUUUUGCAUUUGAGUGCAUACCACAGCUUGGAAGGCGAUUCAGAGAAGUUGUUCCCGCAGCUAAUGACUGUCCAAGAAUGUGCAAAUCUAAAUUCACUGACAGUUGCAUGAAGGGCUUUACCUUGGAUGAAAUAAACCAAGCCCUUGGUGAAAUUAAGGAUAUCUCAAGCAUCUUGGAACCUGAUAUGGAUGAGAAAGAGAUGUUGUCUGGCCUUGUUGAGAAAGAUGUUGAUGAAGGGAUGGGAUUUAUUGAUCCAGUUGUUGAAGGUUGGAGAGAGCAGCUGAUCAGAAAGAAGAAGAAAAUCUGGUGGAAAAGUCUAUACCAGAUGGACUUGCAGGCUCGGGGUUUUGGUGAUGUUGUCCCUGAAGUGGCUGAGAGGCUUGGUGAUGUUAAAGAAAGUGAUGGUGAAGUCCCUGAGAGGCUUGGUGAUAUCCUCUCAUUACAGUCAGCUGUGGACAAAGGAUUUGCGAAGAUCAUGGAGAAGUUGUCUGAGAUGGAUAGCAAAGUGAGUAUGCUGGAUGGGAGAGUGAAAGACUUAGAGGGUUAUGUGUCAGUCCAGCGAGGGAAAGAGCGGUACAAUGAGUAUCAUCCAGGGACUUCAAGUGAUUUUGUGCCAACCUAUUGUACACCAACUGCUAAUCAACCAAUAGCGAGUCCGACAAAGGCUUUGGUCCUUCACAGUGGUUUCACAGACCCUAAGCCAAUCCAAAUUCAAGAAUUGAGUGAUGAAGGUGAUCAGGAGCAGCUGGCUAGGAAAGAGAAGGAGAACAAGAAGAAGAAAGCAGUGAGGCCGAAGCAUAGUGGCCCUACAAUCCAGACCGGGAAAAAGAGACAAAGGAAGGCUUCCAGGUUUCAGGCUGAAGAGUUUACAGCAGAGGGGAAGGGGAAGGGGAAGAAGCGGCAGAAGAAAUAGGUGAUCUUUAUGAGAGAUCACUCUUUAUGAUGGGUUGCUUUUGUGUAGGACAAAACUUAUAUUUUCUGAGUAUUUUGCAGUUAUCUUCUAUUAGGAUUCAAAACAUUGUACUAUCUUUUGGUUGUGUUGUGGUUUAGGUGCAUUUUAUGUAUUUGGGGUUUAUGAUGAAUCAGACAUUAUAUUUUAAAAAAUUAUGCAUCUGGUC